AUGAACGACGAACAGCUCGAGACCGCGGUCAGGAGCUUUUAUCACGAGACUUCAGAUACCCUCACAAAUCGUCGACAAUAUCCUACUGAGGAAGACAUUGAACGGGCGGCUAAAGUCUGGCAUCACAAAGACUACUACGAGAACGCUGCACGACAUAAAUUAGAGACGCCAUUAUCUCUGAAUAUGGCAGAGCAGUAUGCGCUGGUCAAGGAGGUUGACCAUCCCUUCUCCGAAAGGGGUAUGUGGACGGUCAUCUUCACUAGUAGUCAGAAUGGUGCAAACCUGUUUGCAAGAUACUGGAUUAGCAGCUCCAGUGACCAGCCUGUCAACUCCAGAUUUGCUUUCGCGAAUGCUGCCGUAUACUUUAGUGCCGCAGUCUUGGGUUGCCCUCUUGCUGCACCACUUAACACACUCCUCGGUCGUCGCGGUGCCAUCAUUGUCGCUGCUUUUCUUAUUCUUGUAUCUUCAAUAGGAUCAGCAUGUAUUCCACUUCCAACUUCGGACAACGAUCCAGCUCGAGAUGGUACUUGGGCGCUCGUAGCAGGCAUUCGGAUCAUCGGAGGCGUCGGUAUGGGUCUCAAAGCAACCAGUACCCCAAUCCUGGCAGCCGAGACUGCAGUGGGAUCUUGGAGAGGCUCUAACAUUCUAAUGUGGCAGUUGUGGGUUGCGUUUGGUAUCAUGAUGUCUUUCGUUGUCAACAUCUGUUUGAACCAAAUCAACGACAAGAAAUUGACCCUCCGCUUGAUUUUAGGCUCUCCUGCAGUCUUUGCACUAAUUCUGAUUCCUGAGAAGGCCUAUGCAUCUUUGCAGAAGCUCCGAAAUACAAAACUCCAAGCGGACCGCGAUCUCUUCGCGACACACCAGGGAAUAGUCAAUGAGAUUAGAAUGGAAAGAGACGAUGAUGGGUUAAGCAGUAGUGGCUCUCUUCGCUACGUAACAAGGUAUUGUAAUAUCUUCAAGUACCGUCGUCUUCGCAACGCUGCAAUUACCACUGGCAUCGUGGCUUUAUCACAACAACUCUCAGGCAUAAAUCUUAUGGCUUUCUACGGCGGGACCACGCUUGUGGGAAUCACUCCUGGUAAUGUUCCUGACGGGGGUCAAAUUAUGAAAGCGAUGGUAUACAACUUGAUCUUUGGAUCCAUAAACUUCCUCUUUUGCUUGCCAGCCAUCUACUACAUCGAUACUUUAGGGAGACGAAAAAUUCUUCUCUACACCAUCCCAGGCAUGGCAAUAGGGUUAAUGGCCGCAGCAGUGAGCUAUGAUCAGGUAACAAUCGAGGUCGUCGCUUUCUGGAUCUUCUUUCACACGGCCUUUUAUAGCCCUGGCAUGGGCCCCGUUCCCUUCGUACUAGCAGCUGAAAGCUUUCCUUUAGCCUAUCGAGAAACAGGCGCCUCUUUCGCGAUAACGAUAAACUUCCUCUUCGCGGGCCUUCUUGCUUGGCUCCAGCCUUUGCUCGUCGCUGGGGUAAAGUUUGGCGGCACACUUGGUGUCUUUUCUGGCCUUAACGUCAUAUCAUUCUUCCUCAUAUUUUUCCUUGUCGAAGAAACCCACGGCAACGAUCUGGAAUAUCUUGGGAGAGUGUUUAGACGUUCAAAGCUGGAGUUUGCUCGCCAGCAAUUUUACAAACUUGUGCCGUUUUCUGGCAAGGCAGGUCAAGACCAAGACCGUGAGAUCUCUUCGCAAAGCGAUCAUGGAAAUGAGAAUUCUUCGGAGGGUACAAGAAUGGAUAGCCUCAACAUGACUAGGGCGGUCAACACCAACACCAACGCCAACAUUUAA